UACUCCUUAUUCACGGAUUGCGGCAUCAAAUUUCAAAACGAGGCUCGGAACGCAAACAAGAUGGCGAGUUCCAGUACAAGUACGGGUACAGCAUAUCAUUGUUGUGUCCCAUUGUGCAACAAUGAUUCCCGGUAUGACAACAAUAGGGAAAUAUCUUUUCACAAAUUCCCUACAGAAAAAAUCAAAAGGAAAGAAUGGAUUAUUAAAAUCCGCAGGGAUAUAGGGCCACACUUCAGAAUAUCGGAUGCUACCAGGGUGUGUUCAGCCCAUUUUUUACAAACUGAAGUACGUCGGUCAUUGAAUGGUAAACGACUGCUAAAGCCAGGAAGUGUACCAAGUAUAUUCGCCUGGAAUUCCCCGGUCAAGAGAAUCAGGCCACUUAGGAGAUCACUGAAAGUCAUGUCACCAGCAAAGUCUGCAGAGGUCAGCAUUGAGGAAGCACCUGAAGUAUCGACCAUUUCCGAGGACCAGACUCCACCUGUGUCAAGUGACCAUGACUACAUAGUCCAUACUGCAGUUCACGACCAAUUGGAGGCAGCCCAAGAAGAAAUUGUGAACUUACAAGGAAAACUUGUGGCAGUGGAAAAGAGACUUUUUUCUUUGGAGCGAUUCACUACAGAUCCCCAGAUGAUAAACUUUUAUACUGGUUUUAAAGAUUAUGAAACCUUAAAAUGUUUAUAUAAUGCUCUUCAGCCAUCUGCAGCAACGAUGAUUAGAUGGACACAAAUGCAAAGACACUCUUCAAAUACAGAGAAAAUGAAGUUGAAUGCUAUUCGUAAUGAAGCAUUGCCACUCAUAGAUCAGUUCUUUAUGUUCCUUUGUAGAGUGCGUCAGGGAUUUCCAGAACAGGAUUUGGCUGUUAGAUUUAACAUAUCUCAGUCUUCAGUUAGUAGAAUUUUAAUAACUUGGUCUAAUUAUUUAUAUACUAUGCUGGGUUGUUUACCUAUUUGGCCACCUCGUUGUGUGAUUGACAGUAACAUGCCUACUUGUUUUAAAGAGUCAUAUCCCCAAGUCAGAGUCAUCUUGGAUUGUACAGAAAUUAAAGUUCAAACCCCUAGCUCAAAAGUGUUAAAUUCUGAAACUUACUCCAAUUACAAGAGUCACACAACAUUUAAGAGCUUGAUUGGGAUAACUCCAUGUGGUGCUGUGUCGUUCAUUAGCUCACUGUAUACAGGAAGCAUCAGUGAUAAAGCUAUAACUGCAUUAUCAGGAAUUUUGGACCUGUUAGAACCUAACGAUCAAGUAAUGGCUGACAAAGGAUUUUUGAUAGCUGACCUAUUAGACAAACAUCAUGCGUCUUUGAUAAUACCCCCUUUCCUUGGUGAAAAGGGAAAAUUUUCUGCUAGUGAGGUAGCACAAACACAUGAGAUAGCACGGCUCCGUAUUCAUGUAGAGCGAGCUAUAAGGAGGAUAAAAGAGUAUCAUAUAUUUGAUGGGGUCAUACCUCUUAAUUUAGCUGCAUCAAUUAAUCAGAUAUGGACAGUUUGUGCAAUACUGACAAAUUUCAGGGGGCCUUUAUUCUAGUAUAGUAGUUACACCAUUAUCUUAUAUUCAAUUUGUUUGAUUAUUUUGAAAUGUGAAUACAACUCUGCAUUUGAUACUUUCACAUUCAGCAUUACUGUAUUAGAAUGGAGAUAGUGGUCAUCAUCAAGUAUUGUACUCAAUGUAACUAUUGAUUGUAUAUUAAACAUUACAGCUUUUCAGUGCAAAUUAUGUACAAGUACAUCACUUUGUAUAAAACCAUUUCCUAUGAACAUGAUGAAUUCAAAUGAAAUAAAUGAUAAAUUUAAAUAUUAUUAUGCAUGUUUUUUAUUCAACCAGGAGUAGACAUGUAUGUUAAAUUGAAAUGAUAUUAGUUUAAUAUGAAUGGAAUAAUAUUUGUAACAAUUCUACAAAAAGAUCAAAGCGGUA